AUUUAUAUUCAUAUGUGGAAUUGAGUAAUAUUGCUUAUAGGUUAACUUGAAAUAAAACCUUGGUUUUUUCUUUUAAUAUGAAACUGUAAAUUCAGGUGGUUUCACUUACUGUAACAGAAGAGUUUAGUUAAAUUUGGAUUUUAUCCAAAUUCAGGAAGUUUCUAAACAAUAUGUUGUAGCACAGUCACAAUUAUAAUAUGGUUGAACAUCAUGAAUAAGUAUAAUUUUCAACAUAUAUCAAAUACACAGUUUGACAUUUUGCAAAAUGUCAUACAACAGUUUUAACUUUAAACCAAGGACACUUCCCAAGUAUGUUGAGAGAUUAUUAAAUGUGCUUUUUUUAAUAAUUGUAUGAGAUUAUUAAAUAUAUUAUCUGUAGAAAAACACUUAGGUAUGAGAAAUUUCCCUUGAAAUAAUGAUUUGAAAAAAGACAAAAAUUCUGAGCAUAUUUAUAUUCUUAUUACUUGUUACUCUUAACACCUUGUUCUUCAGAAUAUCUGACGUGUUUAAAGAGCCACUUUGGGUUUAUUUAUUUGUUAUUGUUUCUUGUAAGCUGUUGAAUGGAGAAAAGAAAAGCUUUUGAACUUUAAGUGAGAAAAUUCCUUUGGAAAUAUUUUCUGGUACCUUAACAGCUACAUUUAUUAAGUGUAAUACAACACUAUUAUGAUGAUAUUUAUUAUUAAACACUACCCUGUGGUCUGAAGGUGUGCAUUCAUUCACAAAGUUUUUAGUUUGUUUUGAAAUAAGAAAAGGGAAGUGGAAGUUAAAUGGAAUUUUUCCUAUCUAUCUUUGAAGAGAGCAGCUGUGAAUUUUACGUAGUUAUGACAAUUAUAGAUUCCUCUUUUUAGUAAUUUUGCUUGUAAACUGAGACCUAUUUAUACCUACUACUUCUCCUCUACCCAUACACCCAGUCAUCUAUAAAACAGCUAAAUAGCAGGAUGUGAGAAUGCAUUUUUAUACUUUUCCCUUCCCUUGGCUCUAAUCCACCUCAGGCAUUUGCAGAUACUUCUAAUAUCAGUAUUUUCCCCCAUUACCUUCUCUUGUAUCAAGUAUUAGUUUCAGAGUGGAAAAUAGGCAUCUCUGUAUUUGUUGAAGUGCUUGAUAUACCUAUAGUAGUAAUUUGCUCUUAAAUAGUAAUUGAAAAUUGUUGUAGCCAUUCAAGUUUAAUAUGGUUAUAUUCAAAAUCACCUCUCAAAACCUAAAGUAAAUUUGGUUUUUCUAAUGUUGCAAAGAAUACUUUGAAAAACAGUAGUAAACAAGUAAUGGAAAAGGAGCAUUACAUUAUGUUUCUUUUACAUUUUGGUCAGUAUAAAGUUAUGCCAUUGUAAAGAACCUUGUAGGAAUUCGUUCUUUAAAAAUGAUAGGGAUUGUAAUCAUUUGUUUAUCAUAUUUUAUGAAGCAUUUUACAAGUUUUGAUAUUAAUUAUACAUAUAAUCUCUUGGAAUUUUUUUAGGGAGAAUGUAGUGAAAUAGUGUGCUUUUUGCUAUCUCAUGAGUCUGGUAAAAUGGUAGGUACAGACUUGGAAGAGCUUUUUGAACCAGGGUUCAGCAUGCUACUGCCUGUGUGUCAAAUCCAGUUUGUUAUUUGUUCUUAUAAAUGUGAUUUUAUUGAAACCCAGACAUAUUCAGUUGUUUAUAUAUUGUCAGUGGUUGCCCGUGCACUACAACAACACAGUUGAGUAGUUUUGGCUGAGACCGUAUAGCCUGCAAAACCUAAAAUAUUUAUCCAGACCUGUUCAGAAAAGAAUUGCUAUCAUUUUUUUAGAUAUUUGAUUCUUUAAGGGCAUUUGAUUUAGAGAAUACAUGAAGAGGAAGCUGUUUUUUGAUUAUUUUCUUUAGUUGAAAGCACAUCAGUUGAGGGAAGAAAAGUAGCACUGUACUUCUUUAUAUGAUCUUACCAAAAGUCUGAAGAUGUUUGUGUUUUAAGAAUAUGAUAGAGGUUGUUAACUGUGCCAUAUUCAGUUUCAUUUGUAAUUUUUUACUGCUGAUUUGCAGUUGCAGAUUUCAGAAUGUUGUCUUAUAAUAAAAAAUGCUAAUAUAUGAGAGCACCGUUUUUUAAAAAAUUACUUGUAUUUUUAUUAUUUUCACUUCAAGUAGUGGUAGGGUACACGUAUGUUCACUAUUCAUAUUACUCUUUAAUAAAGUGGGUGCUGAGUGUGUUUUUGCAUUUCACUGGGCACACACUGGACACUAGUCCUUUGGAAAUUAGUCUUGAGAAUAGAAUCAGCCUUUAAGAUAGUAGAUCAUGAUUAACCAGUGAAAGACUCCUGUGAGAGCACACUCUUACUAUUUUUGGAGAUAACAGUUUGUUAAUGGACCAACCAGUAUUUUCUUUUUAUGUAAUUGGUAUUUUAAGACCUUGCAGAUUUAAUUCUAAGAUAUUUGUGUAUAUAUAUUUGAAAGCUUUUUUCCCAGGGAUUAAUUUUCUUGGGUCCUUUCCGAACAGGCACAGCAGGAGGCAUAGAGUACUGUGGUUAAAAGUAUCAGCUUUGACAUCAGAGGGCUUUUAGUCACAGCUUUACCACUUCGACUAGUGAAACUCUGGCAGAUUACCUCACCUCUUUAAUCUCCAGUUUUCUCAUCUCCUAGAGAGAGAGAGAGGAGUAGAUAAUAAUAGUACCAACACAUAGGAUUUUUGUGGGAUUACAUGAAAUAAUGCAUAUAAUUAAUACUGAACAAAAUAUAGAGGAAGCAGUCAUUAAGUUUUCCCUGCGACUACUUACAGAUUUAAGUAAAUUUUAUCUUUUUUUUUUAAAUGGAAAUAAAAUCUUAUUUGUAAAUGGUAUAUAAGAAUUGAAAAGGAAAUCAUUAUAAUUGAUAAUUGAAAUUCUGUAUUAGGAAAAUGUAUCGUUAUUUUGUACUAUAUUAACAAUGGGUGCUUUCCCAAUUAUUCUAAUGAGAAAAACCCAAGAAGGAAGAUAGCAUAAUUGCCAAGUCAGAUUUUGCUCCUCCCUAAUUCUCUCUUAGCCUUUUAAUGUUUUUUACUUGGUUUUAAAAUCAUUGCCUUAAACAACAUUUACCAAAGAAAAGCAGAGUUAAUGAAUUUUCACAACUAAGGCACUCAAAAGUACAUUGAACACCGUAUAAAAAGCAGAGUUUUCCCCUUUUCAGAAACAAAAUGUCUCUCUGACUCUGAUUAAUAUGGUAUAAUAAAGAAAAUGAGUUUAUGCAUUCCUAUAAUGAAUUUCAGAGUUUUAUGAGCCAACUACUGUUCUAAGCAAUUGGGAUACAGAAUUGAAAGUAGUACUUGUUUUUGGAGAGUUCACAGAUGAUAAACAGACAAUAUUGAUGUAAUGUGUUAAAACCUUGACAGAAGGUGUACAAGAUACUGAGAUACCAUAUGAUAGAGGUACCUAAUCCAACUUUGUGGUACGAGAUGGUAAAGGAAAUUUACUAGAGAAGCAACACCUUGGUAAAUUUAGGAGUUGAAUUGGAUAUUGCAGACUUACGGAAAGGCAUUUACAGACUUUGAGAGAAUGUAACAUGCAAUUGUGUAUUAUUGGAUAUGGCAUAGAAUACGUAUGGCUCAUCAUAAAGAGCUAGAGAUAUUGGUGUGGUACAAAAUCAAGAUACUUUUGUGACUUGGUAAAUAGUUUCUUUUUUGAAGGCAGUGGAUAGCUACUGGUUGAUUAGGUUGGCAGAGUGAGUAGAAUUUCUCUUUUCAUUGAACCCUUUGGCAUUAUUGUAGAAGAUGGAUUGAAACUAAUUGUAUACAGAGAAAUUGGCCGAAAGGUUCUGACAGUGAUCUAUAAAAGAAAUCAGGGAUUAAACAGUCUAGGUGGUAUGGAAUUAACAGAUUAAAAAUAGAAUUUGUAGGACUCGAGAGACUAAUUUGUAUGUAGGGAGUGAGUGAGAUGCAAGAGUAUAGGAUGACUUUUUUUUUUUUUUUUUAGGAUGGCAUAUUUUUAACUUCUGUGAUUUAGAAAGCCCUGUCAUUUACUGUGGUAGAAAUUUAAGGGGAGAAGUUUGUGAAGGUAAAACAUGUUAAUUUUGAGAUAUCUAUGUGGAAGCCAAAUAGAAAUGCCCAGUAGGCAGUAGGAACUCAGAUAUUUAGGUUAGAAGAUUUAGUUUAGGAGUCAUUCAGCAUGGAAAAUGGAAUACAUUAUCUCAUAUGUAUCUAACAUAAGAAGGCUGAAACUUCAGCUUUUAAAGCAGAUGGAAGAAGAGUCAAUGAUUGAGACUGAGAAACUGCCUGAGAGGCUAGAGAGAAAAAGAAAAAAAAAAGUGUGGUAUUAUAGAAGCCAAGAGAUGAGAAUUUCAUUAAAGGCAGACACCUAAAGUAAGAUUAGUACUGAAAAACAUCCUUUGGGUUUGUCAAGGUCAUUGAUGACUGCUAUGGUCUGAACGUUUCUGUCCCCUCAAAAUUCAUAUGUUGAAACCUAAUCCCCAGUGUGGUAGUAUUAAGAGAAGAACUUCAGGAAAUUAGGUCUCAAGAAUGGAACCCUUGUGGAUGGGAUUGGUGCCCUUACAAAACAGGCUCAAGGAAACUAUGUGAAGACACAGCUAGAAGGCACUAUCUGUGAAACACAAAGAGAGCUUUUAACAGACACCACAUCUGCUGGCACUUUGACCUUGGCCUUCUGAGCCUCCAGAACUGGUUCUGAUGAUUGUCUUGUGAAAAUCUGGGCAACAGAUGAUGGGAGGUUAUUAGCUACCUUAAGAGGACAUGCUGCUGAAAUAUCAGACAUGGCUGUAAACUAUGAGAAUACCAUGAUAGCAGCUGGAAGUUGUGAUAAAAUGAUUCGAGUCUGGUGUCUUCGAACCUGUGCACCUUUGGCUGUUCUUCAGGGCCACAGUGCGUCUAUUACAUCACUACAGUUCUCACCAUUGUGCAGUGGCUCAAAGAGAUACCUAUCUUCUACUGGGGCAGAUGGCACUAUUUGUUUUUGGCUCUGGGAUGCUGGAACCCUUAAAAUAAACCCAAGACCUGCAAAAUUUACAGAGCGCCCUCGGCCUGGAGUUCAAAUGAUCUGUUCUUCUUUUAGUGCUGGUGGAAUGUUUCUGGCAACGGGAAGCACAGAUCAUAUUAUUCGGGUUUAUUUUUUUGGAUCAGGUCAGCCAGAGAAAAUAUCAGAAUUGGAGUUUCAUACUGACAAAGUUGACAGUAUCCAGUUUUCCAACACUAGUAACAGGUUUGUAAGUGGGAGUCGUGAUGGGACAGCACGCAUUUGGCAAUUUAAACGAAGAGAAUGGAAGAGCAUUUUGUUGGAUAUGGCUACUCGUCCAGCAGGCCAAAACCUUCAAGGAAUAGAAGAUAAAAUCACAAAAAUGAAAGUUACUAUGGUAGCUUGGGAUCGACAUGACAAUACAGUUAUAACUGCAGUUAAUAACAUGACUCUGAAAGUUUGGAAUUCUUACACUGGUCAACUAAUUCAUGUCCUGAUGGGUCAUGAAGAUGAGGUGUUUGUUCUCGAACCACACCCAUUCGACCCUAGAGUUCUCUUUUCUGCUGGUCAUGAUGGAAACGUGAUAGUGUGGGAUCUGGCAAGAGGAGUCAAAAUACGAUCUUAUUUCAAUAUGAUUGAAGGCCAAGGACAUGGUGCAGUAUUUGACUGCAAAUGUUCUCCUGAUGGUCAGCAUUUUGCAUGCACAGACUCUCAUGGACAUCUUUUAAUUUUUGGCUUUGGGUCCAGUAGCAAGUAUGACAAGAUAGCAGAUCAGAUGUUCUUUCAUAGUGAUUAUCGGCCACUUAUCCGCGAUGCAAAUAAUUUUGUAUUAGAUGAACAGACUCAGCAAGCACCUCAUCUUAUGCCUCCCCCUUUUUUGGUUGACGUUGAUGGUAAUCCUCAUCCAUCAAGAUAUCAAAGAUUAGUUCCUGGUCGUGAAAAUUGCAGGGAGGAACAACUCAUCCCUCAGAUGGGAGUAACUUCUUCAGGAUUGAAUCAAGUUCUAAGUCAGCAAGCAAACCAGGAGAUCAGCCCACUGGACAGCAUGAUUCAGAGACUACAACAGGAGCAAGACCUAAGACGUUCUGGUGAAGCAGGUAUCAGUAAUACCAGCCGUUUAAGUAGAGGUUCCAUAAGUUCUACCUCAGAGGUUCAUUCACCACCAAACGUAGGACUAAGACGUAGUGGACAAAUUGAAGGUGUCCGGCAAAUGCACAGCAACGCACCAAGAAGUGAAAUAGCCACAGAGCGGGAUCUUGUAGCUUGGAGUCGAAGGGUAGUAGUACCUGAGCUAUCAGCUGGUGUAGCCAGUAGGCAAGAAGAAUGGAGAACUGCAAAGGGAGAAGAAGAAAUAAAGACUUACAGGUCAGAAGAGAAAAGAAAACACUUAACUGUUCCAAAAGAGAAUAAAAUACCCACUGUCUCAAAGAAUCACACUCAUGAGCAUUUCCUGGAUCUUGGAGAAUCCAAAAAGCAGCAGACAAAUCAACACAAUUAUCGUACGAGAUCUGCAUUGGAAGAGACUCCUAGACCCUCAGAAGAGAUAGAAAAUGGCACUAGUUCUUCAGAUGAAGGUGAAGCAGUUGCUGUCAGUGGUGGAACAUCCGAAGAAGAAGAGAGAGCAUGGCACAGUGAUGGGAGUUCUAGUGACUACUCUAGUGAUUACUCUGACUGGACAGCAGAUGCAGGAAUUAAUCUUCAGCCACCAAAGAAAGUUCCUAAGAAUAAAACCAAGAAAGCAGAAAGCAGUUCAGAUGAAGAAGAAGAAUCUGAAAAACAGAAACAAAAACAGAUUAAAAAGGAAAGGAAAAAAGUAAAUGAAGAAAAAGAUGGACCAAUAUCACCAAAGAAAAAGAAGCCCAAAGAAAGAAAACAAAAGAGGUUGGCUGUGGGAGAACUAACUGAAAACGGGUUGACAUUAGAAGAAUGGUUGCCGUCAACAUGGAUUACAGAUACUAUUCCCCGAAGAUGUCCGUUUGUGCCACAGAUGGGUGAUGAGGUUUAUUAUUUCCGACAAGGACACGAAGCCUAUGUUGAAAUGGCCCGGAAAAAUAAAAUAUAUAGUAUCAAUCCCAAAAAACAACCAUGGCAUAAAAUGGAACUACGGGAGCAAGAACUUAUGAAAAUAGUUGGCAUAAAGUAUGAAGUGGGAUUACCUACCCUUUGCUGCCUUAAACUUGCUUUUCUAGAUCCUGAUACUGGUAAACUAACUGGAGGAUCAUUUACCAUGAAAUACCAUGAUAUGCCCGACGUUAUAGAUUUCCUAGUCUUGAGACAACAAUUUGAUGAUGCAAAAUAUAGGCGAUGGAAUAUAGGUGACCGCUUCAGGUCUGUCAUAGAUGAUGCCUGGUGGUUUGGAACAAUUGAAAGCCAGGAACCUCUUCAACUUGAGUACCCUGAUAGUCUGUUUCAAUGCUACAAUGUUUGCUGGGACAAUGGAGAUACAGAAAAGAUGAGUCCUUGGGAUAUGGAGCUUAUACCUAAUAAUGCUGUAUUUCCUGAAGAACUAGGUACCAGUGUUCCUUUAACUGAUGUGGAAUGCAGAUCACUUAUCUAUAAACCUCUUGAUGGAGAAUGGGGUACCAAUCCCAGGGAUGAAGAAUGUGAAAGAAUUGUAGCAGGAAUAAACCAGUUGAUGACACUAGAUAUUGCUUCAGCAUUUGUGGCCCCUGUGGAUCUGCAAGCCUAUCCCAUGUAUUGCACAGUAGUGGCAUAUCCAACGGAUCUAAGUACAAUUAAACAAAGACUGGAAAACAGGUUUUACAGGCGGGUUUCUUCCCUAAUGUGGGAAGUUCGAUACAUAGAGCAUAAUACACGAACAUUUAAUGAGCCUGGAAGCCCUAUUGUGAAAUCUGCUAAAUUCGUGACUGAUCUUCUUCUGCAUUUUAUAAAGGAUCAGACUUGUUAUAACAUAAUUCCACUUUAUAAUUCAAUGAAGAAGAAAGUUUUGUCUGAUUCUGAGGAAGAAGAGAAAGACGCUGAUAUGCCAGGAACUUCUACUCGAAAAAGAAAGGACCAUCAGCCUAGAAGAAGAUUACGUAAUAGAGCCCAGUCUUACGAUAUUCAAGCAUGGAAGAAACAGUGUGAAGAAUUGUUAAAUCUCAUAUUUCAAUGUGAAGAUUCAGAGCCUUUCCGUCAGCCAGUAGAUCUCCUUGAAUAUCCAGACUACAGAGACAUCAUUGACACGCCCAUGGAUUUUGCUACCGUUAGAGAAACUUUAGAGGCUGGGAAUUACGAGUCACCAAUGGAGUUAUGUAAAGAUGUCAGACUUAUUUUUAGUAAUUCCAAAGCAUAUACACCAAGCAAAAGAUCAAGGAUUUACAGCAUGAGUUUGCGCUUGUCUGCUUUCUUUGAAGAACACAUUAGUUCAGUUUUAUCAGAUUAUAAAUCUGCUCUUCGUUUUCAUAAAAGAAAUACCAUAACCAAAAGGAGGAAGAAAAGAAACAGAAGCAGCUCUGUUUCCAGUAGUGCUGCAUCAAGCCCUGAAAGGAAAAAAAGGAUCUUAAAACCCCAGCUAAAGUCAGAAAUCUCUACCUCUGCAUUCUCUACACCUACACGAUCAAUACCACCAAGACACAGUGCUGCUCAGAUAAACGGUAAAACAGAGUCUAGUUCUGUGGUUCGAACCAGAAGCAACCGAGUGGUUGUAGAUCCGAUUAUCACUGAGCAACCAUCUACUUCUUCAGCCACAAAAACUUUUAUUACAAAAGCAAAUGCGUCUGCAAUACCAGGGAAAACAAUACUAGAGAAUUCCGUGAAACAUUCCAAAGCUUUAAAUACUCUUUCCAGUCCUGGUCAAUCCAGUUUUAGUCAUGGCUCUAGGAAUAAUUCUGCAAAAGAAAACAUGGAAAAGGAAAAGCCAGUCAAACGUAAAAUGAAGUCAUCCGUACUCCCAAAGGCAUCCACUCUUUCAAAGUCAUCAGCUGUCAUUGAGCAAGGAGAUUGUAAGAACAACGUUCUUGUACCAGGAACCAUUCAAGUAAAUGGCCAUGGAGGACAGCCAUCAAAACUUGUGAAGAGGGGACCUGGAAGGAAACCUAAAGUAGAAGUUAAUACCACUAGUGGUGAAAUUAUACACAAGAAAAGGGGUAGAAAGCCCAAAAAACUACAGUAUGCAAAGCCAGAAAAUUUAGAGCAAAAUAAUGUGCAUCCCAUCAGAGAUGAAGUAGUUCCUUCUUCAACAUGCAAUUUUCUUCCUGAAACUAAUAAUGUAAAGGAAGAUUUGUUACAGAAAAAGAAUCGUGGAGGUAGAAAACCGAAAAGGAAGAUGAAGACACAAACACUAGAUUCAGAUCUCCUAGUCCCUGCAAGUGUCAAGGUGCUAAGGAGAAGUAACCGAAAAAAGACAGAUGAUCCUAUAGAUGAGGAAGAAGAGUUUGAAGAACUCAAAGCCUCUGAACCCCACAUGAGAACUAGAAACCAAGGUCGAAGGACAGCUUUCUAUAAUGAGGAUGACUCUGAAGAGGAGCAAAGGCAGCUGUUGUUCGAAGACACCUCUUUAACUUUUGGAACUUCUAGUAGAGGACGAGUCCGAAAGUUGACUGAAAAAGCAAAAGCUAAUUUAAUUGGUUGGUAACUUGUACCAAAAUGUUUUACUUCAAAAUCUAUAAAGCAGGUACAGUUAAGGAAUAAGUAGAAAGAAGGCUUCUGCUUCCUUGCUGCUAUGGUGGAGUAGGGAAUGUUACCAUUUGAUUUGCAAAAAAAAAAAAAAAAAAAAAAAAUUAUAAAAAAAAAAAAAAAAAAAAAAAAAAAAAAAAACCUUACAAGACACUUCACUUCUUUAAAUGAAUAUAUAUAUAUAUAUAAAUAUAUACAUAUAUAUUUUAAAUGUUUGCUAUUUAUUGCCCUUAGAUAGGUUAUGCAUUUUCACAUUCAUUUCAUUCACUGUUUGAAACAAGAGAAAUUGAUCUAUAAUGAAUUCCCUGAUUUAUUUAUAGAAAAGACAGUUCUGCUACACUCUUUAGGAGCAUAAUAUUCCUAGUGAUAGAGCAUUUCAUGUUAAAAUGAAUUAUUUUUGACCAAGCAAGGUACAUUUCUAUUGAUACAAGUCAUGCCCCUAAAAGACAGAUGUUAUACAGAGUAGCAGUGAAUUAAGAAAUGUUUCCUCUAAAAGAUAAAUAUAAAAUUUCCAUCAUUUGAUACCCUAAAAAGUUUAAUUUUAAUUAUAGAAUGUUCAUCUGCAAAGUAUCUAGAGGAGGCUUUUUGCUUUAUUCCAUUUCUGCCAAACUUAAGAGAAAAUGUACUGAUGAAGGGAAACAUAUCCACAUUGGAAAACGUUUGACUGUCUAAUUUUUCAGACCUUGAUUCUUAUAUCACUCAAUCUCUGUUUAUUGUGCCAAAGACUGAGAAUCAGUGCAGUGGAAAGCCUGUUUUUGACUGUCAGGACAGCAUACACUUUUCAAUAUUGGAAAGGCUAUAUAUUCUAAAGAGCAAGUUAUUAAAGAGUUAUGCUGAGAUAUAUCUUUUUUUGGUACUAAUAGAAAAUAAUGCACUGGUGGGUCCUUUGACAGAGAUGUUCUAGAGGAAAUGUUUAAGUGGUUAAAGGAUUCAAGGAAAAUACAGGAAAAAAGGUAUGGAUUUGAUGUUUACUUGUUGAUCUGGAUUAAUGUCAUUUCUAAACUGUAGACAUAUCUAAUAGGCUAAAAUGACUUACAAAGAAACGUGUCUGUGUGUGUAUGUGUAUAUAUUGAUAAAUGGGUAUAAUUAAAUAUAUAUACAAACACAUACUUAUAUACUAUUACCCAGGUAUAAAUUCUUUUUUCAGGAUUUUUUAGAUAGCAGUAGAAUAAAAAUAAUUUUAAAAUGUCAUACUUUAUAGUUUAAUUUUAAGGGAGAAAUUGGUUAUUUUCAAUUAUUAAAGGUUAAAAUAGGCCAAAUCACUUUUUAUGCAAUCAUGUUUUAUACAGUGGUCUCAUUGCACAUUGUGUUUUUUCUGCACUUUUUACGGUAUCCUUAUCAUGCUGGUAUGUCAAUAUACACCCUAAAGAAAAACUCCAUUUAAUGAUUGUGCCUUGUAUUCUAUUAUUUUUUGCAUCAUUAGUAAAAUUAAGUUGUCUAUUGUAAAUGAUAACUAUAUGACUUAGGAGAAUGUAUUGCUAUAUCUACUGCUAUGGAAAAGGAAAGCAGUUAUUUAUUUGUUUAUGGUACAGUUAGUUAUUUUAUACCUUAAAAACCAACGUAACUACCAUUUCUAUUGUUUAAAAAUUACUGUCCAUUUUUAAAAAAAUUUAAAGAAUGUAGUAUUUUCUGAGGACUGGUAUGGUACAAAAAUGUAACCAAAAUUUUCAGAUACUACAUUUUUAAGAAGUGAGGAUGGGGAAAAUAUGUAUCAGCAUGACCCUGAUGUGGAAAAAUAAAGUCUGCAAUUGAACCUUGGCAAAAUACAUUACAUAAUAUUUCUUUAAUUAUUUCUGAUGAGGAUAAAUAGUAGCUGUCAUUUAACUGUCUUGAAGAAUGCAAAGUGAUACAUUUGGGCUUUCUAGAUCAUUUGUAACUCAAUUUGUACAGAAAUUCUCCUGUGAAAUUAAGUAAACCAUUUUCCAGAUCUUGACUGCAUUACUGUGAUUUUGCAGUUAAAAAAUAAUUUCAAAAUUUUCAGGUUUUUUGUAUAUUUAUUUUUCUCUAACAAAUAUAUUUAACUAAAAUUAAAAUUCAAUAGUUACACUCUUCAUAAUGCAGAAAUGGUUGGCUGGAUUGUAUAGAAAAAUGAGUCUUUCAAUUACACCAUUCUUGAAAAUAAUAGUGUAUGUUUGAAAUUUGUCAUUAAUUAGUUGCUUUUGAAGGCAGUCUAUUUGGAAUAUGUAAUUUCCUGAUGUUAUCUGCAUUGUGUUAGAAAAAAUAAUAGGCUAUAAAAUCAAUUUUUGUAAAAAAAAAAAUGUACAGUUUCAAGUUGUGUACAGAAAAAGGAAGACCAUACACAGUCUUAGAGUGGAAUAUACCUCUAGUACAGUGUAUGUGUUAAUUCCAACUCUUGAGCAAAGAAAUGAGUAUUUACCAUCUUUCCUAUAACACGUAAAUAUAUUAUUCGUGUUCUAAAGACACUGUAUAUUUAUGACCUUAUUUGGACAUUAUUAGACACUGGUUUCUUAGUAAAGCACAGUAACUUGGAUCAGAUUCUUUGUAAUCGAAACACUUAAACAUGUAUUAGUAAUACCAAUAUAUUUAGAUUUUAUAUUUUUAUAAUUUAGCUUCUAUACAUUGCAGAAGUUGAAUUAAGAAAUUUAAGUCAUCGCCAUAUUUUUGUUUACCACUUGGGAAAAUAACCCUCUUUGAGGCAGUAACACUAUGUAUGUACUGUUGGUAGGCCAGAAAGAAAUGUUGGCAGUUGUCUUAGGUGAGCAAUAAAAACAUCUCAAAUUUACUGAAAGUUCAGAAAUAAAACUAUUACAUUCACGGAAAGUGUAAACCAAUUUAGGUAUUUCUAAGCACCCAAUCCUAAUAUUCUCUUUCCCAACUCCAACAUUCUCAAGUCCCAGAUGAAAAGUUUAAAGUUUAAGUGGUGCAUUAGUUUAAAUAUUGAGUCUAAUCAGAGACUCAACAACCCUGGACAAUAGAUAUAUAGCUUUUUAAAAUGUUAGCCUUUGUGACUUGCUGUAGUGGCAUUGGACUAUUUUCUGCAUGUAUUAUGAAUUGAAGAUUUCUUGACCUUGUUUAAAUUGUUUUUAUUCCACAGCUUCACUACACAUUUAAAGACUGGUGACAUUAUUAUAAAACUGUCUUCCUCCUUUAAUGUAAGCAAAUAACUGUACAGAAUAUUUGUGAGCUGGAUUAGGUCACAUCUGAGACUUGGGGUUGGCUAAAUUUAGUUAUCACUUGGAAUUGAAUUACAUAAGAUACAGUGAUCAGAGAAAAUACCUUUGUGCAUCAUGUAUGUUAACAUCUAGAACUGUCCCUCAUCUGCAGUGCAGUAGAUUAAUCAGACAUUUUAAGAAAUGUAUUCAGAUAUCAUUUUUAUCUUGUAUGUUAGCAGCAUUUACAUGUUUUCAAAUAUGAUUUGUACUAUAAUUUCUCCAGUUAACUGUUUACUUCAAUUCUGACAUUCCAUUUUAUACAUAUAUACAUACUGUAUAUCUCUUUCAAAGGUCAGCUAGAAGUAAUUUUUUCAGUUUUCUAUCUAAUGAAAACAGAUUUAUUCUGAAUGUUUUUGUUCACCUGAAACUUAUUUUUGAGUAGGUUGAAAGGACCAAGAUACUUGAGUGAUUAAAGGGCUAUAAGUGUUCUGCUUAUAUGCAGGAGUUACAUGAUUUUAAAAGUCAUAAUAGGGGAAGUCAUUUUAUCAUCUGUUUACUCCUAUUAACUUAAAAAGUAUUUCUAACAUAACAGAUUGAGCAGUGGUUUUGUUAAACUUAGGUGAGAAUUUAUUUUCCCAUUAAAAUUUGAAAUUUUAAUUUUAAUUACACUUUUCUUUGCUUCUACUCUUGUACUUUCCAUUAGUUGGCCUAAUUUCCAGGUGAUCUGAACUAAAAUUAAUAUUACAUUUACUAAGAAACUAUUUUUGUUAAUUAAACUAAGCGAAGUGCUACAAAUGAACAGUCAUUAUGCACUAUGUAUAGUACCAAGAAAAGGUCAAAUUGAGCCAGAAGACUGUAAGUACCACUUUUGGCGCUCCAGAGAUAAACCUUGUACACACUGCAGUAAAACAGUAAGUAGAGAAUAUGAGCUAUAGAUACUGUUUUUAGUUUUGAUAGCUCUCUUUAUUAAUGCAGAUAAAAUUAUCAGGAAAUUAACCUUAUGGCACAGACCAAAUAUGUAGUAGUGCAUGGCUAAGUUUCUACAAUUGAAGGAGCCAAGAAAAUUUUAGGUUCAAGAUGGAAUAUAGUACACAUGCAUAUAAGGCAGAUGCACACAUGCUGGUUACUUUAAGAUUGUGUGUGUUGAUUAGUCACAAUGAUAGACUAUAAAAUGAGACAAUACAAAGUUACAUUUUUGGACCAUAUUAAAACUGUAAGAAGACAGGGGUCUUACUGAAGAUCUUUUAGAAAACUUAAAUCCUGUCACAGGAUAUUUAGACAUGUGUAGAAUGUAGCUCAAUUUUUUAAAAGUAACUGACUUAGAGGGUGAAAGUUGAAACUGACACAUUUUCAAAUUAAAAUUAUGCUUAUUUUGUACAGAAAACUGUUUAAAUACAAGCAGAUCUGUUGUAUGUUAACAAGUAACACAGAGUUUAAAAACAAAUUAAUUAUUUAGCUUUAUUGAAGUUUGGUUUUUUCCUUCCAAACCUGGAGUAUCAUAAACAGUCUCACACCAGAAUAGCAGUGCCCUUUCUUUUUGUACAUAUUGAUUGGACCUUUCUUUACUGUUACGUGGACACUUUCUAUGUUAGUUUUGAUGCAUAAUUCUUUGAAUCCUUUUAUACAAACUAGAAUGUAUGUGUAAGAAUUCCUGUCCCUGCAAUGUAGUAACUACAAACUUAUUUUUAAAUAAAUAGAAAACUUGUUUUUCUAAGCUAUUUUGUAGAGCCUCAUGAUUUAUUAUUUGCUUUUUAAAAUUUUUUUGGCAACACAUAAUGCACUUAGUACAUAAUUUCAACAAGCUGUUAACCAAAGUGAUCAUAUGGCAGAUACCAUUAUGUAAAUGCUGGUUCAUUAGAGUUUCCAGUGCCCUGUGUAUUUUGCAAAUUAUGAAAACUGUCAAAAGAUUUUUGGGAGCCCAGAUGUAAUUUAAUUCCAAAACAGCUGAAGGUCAAACAAAAACUCAUAUGCCUUUUAUGCGUACAUUUAAUAAAAUAAUUUUAUUGAUUUCUUACUAUGAGCAAGUCACUGUGAUGGGUGAUAAUUCAGUAUUCAGAUACAUUUGUAAGAGGUUUCAGUGGAAUACUUUGCAUAUUUUCUCAAAAAUGCAAUUUCUGGAGAAAGAAUGAAAGAAUUUCACUUGUUAACUGCUUGUAUUGAGGUUCAUAAAGUUAUUGCAGUUUUCCUAGAAAGUGUCAGAUUGGCAUGCAUUUUUACUAAGAAUCCCAAUUUUAGCAUGAAGACUAUGAGAUGAAGACAUAAGGCUAUAAUUAUAUAAGGCUAUAAUCAUAAGGCUAUAUGAAAACAUAAGGCUACCAUUCAAAUUAAGCACAUGGAGUGAUUUGUAAUUUUGUGUUAAUUUCUCCCUGAGAUGUUUUAAAAUGAUUUUGUAUAAAAUUUCUCAGUUGAGGAAGGCAGGUAAAAAAGUAUCAGCAGACUUUCUUUCAGAAGUCUGCUGAUAAUACCUAGUAUAUACUUAGAAGAACCAGCUAAGAAAAAUUAACUUUCAGCAACCACUCUUUACUGGUUUCUCUUUAAUAAUACCAACUUUAUGACCCAAGAUUCCCUAGUAUUUAAUGGAAGUAAGAUUAAAGACCAAAGCACAAAACCUUUCUUCCUUGCAAUAUAGUACUUCGUGUUUGUAAUCAGUGUGUGCUAAAUUUAACACAAUUUACCACUUACUGGUUACUCUUUGGGAAAAGAAUGGUGGAAGAUUCAAUGAAAUACCUUUCUACCUAAUUGGUUAGACAUGCUGGCAGCACGGUGUAAUGAAAAGAACUGGCUUGGAGUUGGGAAAUGGUAGUUUGACUUUCAUUCCUGACAGGAAGUAGAGGAACCCCAGCAAGGUCAUAACUCUUAGAGCUUCAUUUUCCUCAUCUGUAAACUUUUAAAAGUUGAUUAAACUAUCUGUGAGAUCUAAUUCUGUUCAAAUAGCCAGUGGUGAUAAUCUCAUUUGUAUAUUGUCUUCUGUACUCAAAGCUCAACCUUGGCUUUUAUAUUUAGUCCCUAAGAGUACAACAUUUAAUGUGUAGCUUGCAGACAAGCUGUGUCUUGCGGCCAUGACCUGUUGUAAGUGUGAGGUUUUCCUGAACCCUUAGAAGAAGGACUUUUGAUGUUUUCACAACACACUAUUGUAUUGCUGUAAAUUGUGAAUUGCUUUAAAAAUACAUGCUUACUAAUAAAAAAAAAAGUACAGGCACACUUUA